AUGGGUGGAUACUUCGUAGUUACCUGCAAUGACCCACCUCGCAGCCACCCCGACCCACCUCACCCCGACUGGGAUUCUCACUUCACACCCACCCCGACCCAACCUCACCCCGACCAGGAUUCCCACCUCACACCCACCCCGACCCAACCUCACCCCGACCCGGAUUCCCACCUCACACCCACCCCGACCCAGCCUCACCCCGACCCGGAUUCCCACCUCACGCCCACCCCGACCCACCUCACGCCCACCCCGACCCAACCUCACCCCGACUCGGAUUCCCACCUCACACCCGUCCCGACCCAGCCUCACCCCGACACGGAUUCCCACCUCACACCCACCCCGACCCAACCUCACCCCGACUCGGAUUCCCACCUCACACCUACCCCGACCCAACCUCACCCCGACCCGGAUUCCCACCUCACACCCACCCCGACCCAACCUCACCCCGACUCGGAUUCCCACCUCACACCUACCCCGACCCAGCGACACACCUACCCCGACCCAACCUCACCCCGACUCGGAUUCCCACCUCACACCCACCCCGACCCAACCUCACCCCGACUCGGAUUCCCACCUCACACCCACCCCGACCAAGCGACACACCUACCCCGACCCAACCUCACCCCGACUCGGAUUCCCACCUCACACCCACCCCGACCCAACCUCACCCCGACUCGGAUUCCGAACCUCACACCCACCCCGACCCAUCUCACACCCACCCCGACCCAACUUCCUACCCCAAUCCACAACAACCUCGACUCCAUCUCAAAACCACGCCCGACACCAGCUCACAACAAUUCCCAAACCCCGUCUCACACACUAUCCCGGACUCCACCUUACACCUACUCCGACCCCACCUUACACCCACUAAGACCCAGCGACACACCCACCCCGACCCCACCUCACACCAACUAA